AUGGCUCCCAAACUCCUCUACCCAACCUCCCUCGCAAUUGACGUCGGCCUGCUUGAGGGCUUUGGCGUUUCUCUACAUUCCUACGAUGUAAAGGAGCCCAUCCCAGACAACCUCGUCGAUGCCGAGAUCCUCGUAACCUGGACGAACCCUGUGCCUCGGCUCCAAGAGGAAGCCAAACGCCUGACCAAGUUGCGAUGGAUUCAGUCUCUCGCCGCAGGCCCCAAUGACGUGCUUAGCGCGGGCUUCGAUUCCUCCAAGAUCACCAUUUGCACCGGUUCAGGAUUGCACGACCACACUGUUGCAGAGCACGCACUGGGGCUUCUGUUGAACGCGGCACGUCGCUUUUUCGAGAUGCGGGAUUACCAACUGGAAGGGAAGUGGCCAGGUCAUCUGGGCGGACCGCAACCUGAUCGUCCAAAGGGAAAGUUCACAUCACUGGAAGGUGCCAAUGUGCUGGUCUGGGGAUUCGGCAACAUCGCGAAGACUUUGACGCCAUGGCUCACAGCACUGGGUGCGAACGUGACUGGCCUUGCUCGAAGUGCCGGCGUACGCAAUGGCGUGGAAGUAUAUGGAGAAGACAAGCUUCAACAACUGCUACCCAAGACGGAUGCCUUGGUCAUGAUCCUGCCCGGAUCUGAUGCAACGAAACAUGCUCUGAAUGCAGAGAGGUUGAAGUUGCUCCCAAACCACGCCUGGGUGGUCAAUGUUGGUCGUGGAACUUCAAUUGACGAGGCGGCCCUGGCCGAUGCGUUGGACAAGGGAGCCAUUGGUGGUGCAGCGCUCGACGUAUUCGAGACUGAACCUCUCCCUACGGAUUCGCGCUUCUGGAAGACACCAAAUACGAUUGUAAGCCCACACGCAGCAGGCGGCAGACCGCAGAACCCAGAGACGCUCAUUGCGUACAACCUGCGGAAAUUCCUCGCGGGGCAGGAGCUCAAGAACAUUGUAUGA